UGUAUCACUGAUACAUGUAAUAGAAAACAGACAUCUUGUGAUAAGAUGACCAGGGUAGUGGGGAAACAAACUCAAAGAAAGUCAAUAUAAAAUCACGUGACUUUAGUCCGACCUUGACCUUUCAUGAAAAUAAUCUGUGAGAUCACUGACAGCUAAAGAUUGUCAUGAAGAAGACGAUUGAUGCACUGUACAGCUCAACAACCACCAAGUUAUCGCCCAAAUAAAGUUUGGAUGAGUCUCAGACAAAGACCAAUCUCUGUACCUGUGUUGCUGUAUAGGGCCCACAACAUGACCUCAGCAUUUGUGAUUGGUCAGAUAUUUUAUCCAGGUCACUAAAAGUGUGACCUUUCUCGCAGACAUGGACAGUUUGAUUGUGGACUUGGAUAAAGUUUUAGAUGACUUUGAGGCAGAGGAGACGGGGAAGAAAAGUUGUCCGGGGCAGGAGACACGGCCCUCGGACUACUCCAGCUACGUGGCCCUGAAGGACGAGCGACCUUGGGAGGACCUGUCCAAUGUCGCUGUCUCCUCUGAAACAUCAUGGUCCGCUGCAAGCACCAACCAUGCAAACCAGAUGACGGCAUACGACAUCCCGUACAGCCCGACCGAUCAAUUUGACCUAUCCGAGGCUGACUUUGCGCCCUCCACAGACUUCAAGUCCAGCGUCACUGACCACUGUUCCGUGGGGGAGAAGAACAUCACUAAACCAGGUCACCUGGUUAUUAAUGGUGAUCAUAAGCUAGACCUGGGUCAUGUGAUCACCAACGGAUCACAGGACUACAAGUAUCCUGUACAGGCUCGGGACGAGUUCACCCCCGUGUAUGAAAACCAGCCCUUUCCUCCUGACCUCGCACAUGCCAUCUCUAAUGGGGUCAACAAGUCCAAUUUGACCUACAUACAAGAGGUUGGGGAGAAAACAGAUGACAUCAGGUCAUCUUUAGCUUAUCAUUCCCAAACAAAGGACAGAAAUACAUACAUCCCACAGAAGAUGGGAUCCCAUCAGCAGGUUGCUCCACAAACCUACCCCUCCAUUUACAACUCUGUGGACUCGGGGGUGAACAGUAUUGACAGCAACACCACCCUCUCACCAACAAAUCAAGAACUGCAACCAGUGCCACUUCCUGCUGGCAACUUCCAGCAACACCAGGAAGCUAGCAGCACUGCCCUUCAUACAAAUUCACAUGCAGGACCUGUGGACCGUGAUAUCAGCAGCUCUUUAAGUCCAAAGAUUACAAAUACUUCUUCGAACUACAGUUUAACAGAGAACAAAGCCAGUAGUGUGGAGAACAUGGGCCCCUCUGUUUCUGCAUUUGGAGAGCAGAGGUCUGUUGUAAACAACAUGGAGAGUAGUUCAAAGGAUACAAAUUCAUUGGAUAGACAAAAAGGCCUGCAGUCAAGUCUGGACAGUAAUAACACGCAUGAUAUGGGUACAACCAGUAAUGGACCCAGUCUUCAUAGUGAAGACACCAGUGUCAAGGUUUAUGACAGUUUUGUGAAAGAACAGGAUUCUUCAGUGACAAAGGAGACAAUUCCAGCUAAUUCAGAGGAUGACAAAACACAGUCCAACUCACAUGAAUUUGUGUCUGAAUCUGAAGCUUUAAAGGAUUCUGUUGCAGUAUCAGAGGAACUGGCAAGAGUUCCUGGUAAUAAUGGACACUCCUCUAGUGAUGCCAGGAUUGUGAACAGAGAGGCCUUUUCUGCUACAGGAAAUGUCAGUGAAUCUCCAGCUAUUGUAGCACCAACUGCUGUGGGAUUCACAGAUUCAGAGGUGGACAUAUCUGAUAUGGAAAGUUACCUUGGUGAUGUGAUUGGUGAUGUUGGAGCGGAUGGACAGAGAAACGUUGACCCAGAGGAACCUGUGAUCCACCCCCAAGACUUUACUGACUUAUCUCAGAAGGGAAAUCAGAUAAUGGAAAAUGCAAACGAAAGUAAUUUCACUGAGACAAAGACAGAGAAUCAGCAUUGUGAUGUCACUAGUGACAAGUCAGAGAAAUUGAGUCAAGAAGUGGGACAUGAACAAAUCUCUCAGGAUCAAGCCAUCAUGAACAUGAACACUGUCACACAAAGUGAGCCCCCUGACAGCCUACAGGAUCUCAAUGCUCCACGGCCACUACCCCCCAAUAUGGGUGUUGGAGCUCGCCCAAAAGAGCCCUCCCAACCUGUGACUGGUCUCUCAGACCAACCGCCGCAGGUUCCAGACAUUAUGCCAAAUGAAGCAGUAGAACAAGUAGCCACACAUAGUGAACCCAGUGCUGGACAGGACCCUAGGGAUCAAGCUGUUGUUAGUACCGACUCUUGUGUUCAGAACAGUCAUUCGGUGGAGGAGGAGAUGGAUCCAGACCUAGCCAUGGCCAUCGCACUGUCUCUGCAGGAAAGUGGUUUGGAAGAGGCUGUGAUGAGGCCUCAGGGGGACGGUGGUCAAUUACCCGACCGUCCCCACUCCUGGGGCCCUGGGGAUGGGAUUCCCCACCAGCAGAGGAGACCCAAUAGUCUGAAGCUCCCCCCUAGGGGUGACGGGGGCCAAGAGAGGUCCUCAGCUCCCUAUACAUUCCCGUACCCCAACAACACCCAGACCAGCCCGGAUAUGGACGGAACACCCGAGGGGCGGACGUCACAGGAAGAUCAGGAUCCUAAUGCUGCACCUGAAACCAAUGCAUCAGCAGAAGAGCCCCAGGGGGCAGGGUUUAAUCCCCUGGGGGUGGGGCAUGUGGCCCCGGUGUGGAUCCCAGACAGUCAGGCUCUCACCUGUAUGAGCUGUGACCUCAGGUUUACCUUCACCAAGAGAAGACACCAUUGUAGAGGCUGUGGAAAGGUUCUGUGUUCCGCUUGCUGUAACUUGAAGAGUCGCCUCCCUUACAUGGAUAACAAGGAGGCCCGGGUGUGUGUUCCUUGUCACCAGAUCCUGGAAGCGGCUGUGUACAGUGGCGGGGUGCAGGGUGCAGCGGUCUCAGGUGAAGCACCUGCUGCCACCACCCCAGCAGGUGUUCUGAAGAGGGACGGAAGCCAGAGACGCCAGGAGCCCAAACAAGUGAUAUUUUCUGAUGGAAUUCGGCCUGGUGGUGACCUCACUGAACUAGACGGAUCAAACAAGGCCUCCUCCCGCCUGCCACUGCGACGAUCCACACGCAAUCAGAAACGGGUUGAAAAAUCUAGUGCAGAUGGGGGUGGAAGACGAGUGCGCUCAGGUGAGAUGUCCAGGACUCAAUGCCUGAUUCCAGAGACUGGGCUACCUCCCGUAGUUCUCUCAGUCAAACCAAAUGAAGAGGUAAUUCUGGAUGAUCAGCCUGCCAUGGAGAAGUACUUACCACAAAUAAAAGAUGAAGAUGCUGACCCUGUGACUUUUGCUCUUUGCUCUAAUCUCCAUGUCUUGAUCAAGAUUCUGUCAUUGGACUGUUGUGUGAACCGAGUGUGUUGGAGCUUCACCACUCAGGGAAUGUGUACCGUCGGUCAGGAUGAAAUCGUGAUCAUUCUGGAGAGCCUGCCGGAGGAGGACAUGAUUCCUCUGGACAUAUUCCGACAUCUGUACCACGUCUAUGAAGACGCAGGCAAAGGUAUCACAGUGUCAGACAUGGGUCACUCGAUCUUCACCCAGACAUUCCUCGACGACCGUGACCACGGGGGAUUCCUCUACAUCAAGCCGACCUUCCAGUGUCUGCACAAACUGGUGUUACCCACUCCUCCAUACCUGUUUGGGAUUCUCCUACAGAAGUGGGAAAUGCCCUGGGCCAAAGUCUUUCCUAUCCGCCUCCUGUUGAGGCUAGGAGCAGAGUACAGAUACUACCCGUGUCCACUAAUCAGCAUUCGGAAUCGUAAACCAGUGUUCUUUGAGAUUGGACACACCAUCAUGAAUCUCCUGGCAGACUUCAGGAAUUUCCAGUACAUGCUGCCUCAGAUCCGCGGGAUCACGAUCCACAUGCAGGAUAAACGAACCACCAUCAACUUCCCCCGCAAUCGAUACGAAGAUUUGAUGAAAGUAGUGGAGAAUAGCAAUGAGCAUGUGAUGGCCAUCGGAGCUUGCUUCAGUACGGAGGCCGACUCACAUUUGGUGUGUAUCCAAAACGACGACGGGAAUUAUCAGACUCAGGCCAUCAACAUACAGAACAAGCCGCGGAAAGUGACAGGGGCAAGUUUUGUUGUGUUCAAUGGAGCAUUGAAGCCAAGUUCCGGACUGAAGGCCAAGUCGAGCAUUGUGGAGGACGGGCUGAUGGUCCAGAUCACGCCCGAGUCCAUGGCCGCCCUCAAACAGUCCAUCAAGGACAUGAAGGACUUCACCAUAGCCUGCGGUCCUCUGUCCUCACAGUCACCCGAUGAAGUGGUCCUCAUUCAGUGGGUCCGCGAGGACAAACACAUCAACAUAGGAGUAAAGAGUCCAAUAGAUGGUAAAGCAAUGGACGGUAUCACUAGUGUUCACAUUCCCCACGCCACGGACUACGCUGGGGAACACCGAGUCAUCCGCUGGACGGAUGUAUUCUUUAUCGAGAACAAAGAUGGUGGCUCGCGUGAGCCGGUGGACGUUAGUCGGAUGGCGGAGACACUCGCCAAUGCUGCCUGCAUUGCCCUCACCCCUCACCUGGACCGGCUGAAGGAGGCAAACCUGGUCAAAAUCGGGCUACGGGUCACCCUCGAGACAGACAAGGUGGGCUAUGAUAUUGGAGGCAAUGAGGAGAAAUUACCUGACCUGUACAUGAAUGAUCUAGACAACGAGUUAAUCCCCGUCAUUCACAGUGCCGUCCCUCUCUGUCGCGGGGGCUCGGUCGUCUUAGAACUCAUCUUUCACAUCCUGGAGUAGCCUCGAUUUGUUCUGUUGUGAUGUUGACACAAAUAGAUUGAUGUUAUUUCAUGAUGUCAUAUAAGUGUGUUAUACAAAUCCUAUUUAUAGAUUGCGAUACUAAAGAACAGUUAUGGUUAUAUAUUUAGUAUUUAUUCAGAUUAUUUUAUUGAGAAAAUGAAUAUUUUUCUCUAUGUUGCAAUAUUAUACUGUAUAAUAUAUAUAUAUAUAUUAUAUUGUGUAUGAAUGAUGCAUUUUAUUCUCUAUACAUGCAGGGGCAACAUGCAAAUAUAAUGAAAUGGACAAAAAUAAUGGAAUAAUUAAACUUUUGUGCUUAG